AUGGAAAGUAACGAUCCUGAAUAUUUACUUUCACUGUCAGGUGAACCAUUUUUUGUACAUAUUGAACAAAAAUAUCGCAAAUCAGUUGAAAAGAUUUUAAGAUAUUAUGACAUUGAUGACUAUACAAUCCUGGGCAAAGCUGGCAAACGUGAACUGAUCGAUUUGUUCGAAAAACCUAACGAUGAAAAUUCCACUAGUGAUUUAAUUGAUUUGAAGAAAGAAAUUUGUGUUGUAACUAAAGAUUCAAUGUUGUUGAAAAUCGGUACGAAAAACAAAGUUGUUUCAUUAUUGAAAGCUACUCAAAAGAUUAUCAAAAAGAACAAUUUUCAACAAACACAAUCACGUCGAGUCGGUGGAUAUCGAUCAACGUCAACCAGCAACAAUCUUAGUGACAAUAGUGAUGGAUCUCUUGAAGAAAAUUACUCUGCAACGGUUCAAGAUUCUAUUCAGAGUUUAUUAACAAGUCUACGCUAUACUAUUCACGGUAUUAAUUAUACGAACGUAUCAGCGAAGGAUUUUAAGAUCGUUAUCGAAAAACAGUCCGGUGACGUUUUACCAGCUUGUUCUGUUCGAUGCAUUUGUGGAGACAAAAUUAAAUUAUAUCUGAGAAAUACUCGAUUCCAGGUGUCUUAUUUGAUGAAACAUUUGAAGAACACUAACAAUAAACCAGCAACCUUGAUGAAUGAUAAUAGCGAGAAUUUAUAUGAUUCAGAAGUUGAAAGUGAAAUCGAUUUUGAUGGGCAACCAUUGAUAAGUGAAAGAUCUCAAUCAAGUACUCAAAAGAAAAAUGCACGGAUUGUUCAUAUUGAUGUAGACGAAAGUGAUGCGUCAGCAACAACUGUACUGAAGAAUAGUCGAGUUCAAAAGCCUCGUUUGGAAUCAAUCAAUAGUGUGAAUACUCCUUCAUCAAAUAAAACAGGGAAAAAUCAACUUGAUGGACAAGCCAAAAUUCGUCGUCAAGCAAAACCAAGUGGAUCACAAAGUACAAUUUCAUUUACUCCUGCAACAACAUUAAAAAACAUUUUGAAUUCGAACAGCUCCUCUCAAUCUAACAAGCGAAAAGUCGAUGAAAGUGAUCGAAAAGCCAGCUCUUUUUCGUUAAAAAAGCGCAACACCAAAAUAUUUGGAGAAAACAUUGCAUAUUCUAAAGCAGGCAGUUCAGAUAUUCUAUCUACUUUACUAAAUACUAUUGAUAGUAAUCGACAUCAUUCGCCUAACAAUUAUCGUUAUCCAACUGCCGUAUUGCGAUUGGCAACGUGUUUCUUUAUACUAGCAGGCGUAUAUGUGUAUAACUUUAUUCGUAUUAACUUGAGAUAUCUUUUACCUUCGGUCGAAACGGUUAAAAAGUUCUAUACGUAUAAUCCUUACUCAGAAGCGAACUUUCGAUUUACUGAAUGCAAAAGUUAUCUUGAUUCGAUUGACACUUCCUUCGCUUUCGUAUCGGAAGAUUGCUCUGCAAUUAUUCCGCGCAUUGAAUACGAUUCGGUAUUCGAUCAUUUCAAUGGGUUUAUAACGCCAGUUGUCGAUGGGAAACCGAUCGAAAGCGCUUUUAGUUGCCAGUCUUUCGAAGAGUUCCAGUUUUUGAUCGAAAAUAACCAGCGUGCCAAUCUCGUCAAUGUACAUUGUUUGCAGCCUAUUCAUAAUCGAGAUCUUUCCAUAACGCCACCACCAAUAGUUCUGGCUGCAUAUGGCACUGAUAAUAAAUUGACUUCGAUGGAUAUUCUCAAACGAUGGAUUAUGAUGUAUCAGGAAUUUCAUUCGCGGAAUAUUCGUGUUCUCGGAUUCUCUACCGACGGUGAUCCGAAGUAUCUCAGAGCGAUGCGUUUGGCAUCCAAUUUUUUUGUUACAACCGAAACUUUGAGUAUUUAUGACAACACAUUGGCUUUCAAAAUCGACAUCCCUAAAGAUUGGUCCUCAUGGUACUUCUUGAACCCAGUUCAAAUGUUUAUGUAUAUGCAGGACGGUGUUCAUCUGUGUACGAAAAUUCGGAAUCGGUUAUUAUCGAAAACGGCUAAGCUAAAAAUGGGAUCAUAUGAUGUAUCAAUAAACGAUCUGUACAAAUUGAUUGAAACAAGAAACAAACUUGAUCACAACUUGUCUAGAUCCGAUCUUAAUUGUCGUGAUAAACAAAAUUUUGCUUCUUGUCAGCGAAUAUCAGAUGAUAGAGUUUUGAAUCUAUUAUCGUCUAACGAUCAGUCUAACGGAACAUUCAAUUAUUUAUUAUUGCUAAAUUUAUUAAUUACCGCUUAUACGCGAAGCGAUGUCUCUUUGUCCGAACGGAUUUUUUACGCAUGGGUCGUGCUAUUUUAUACUCGGCUGUGGCGAAUAUGGUUGUACAUUACGAAAAGAAGUCGCAAGUCAGCGAAAGUCAAGAAAAAAAACGAUGAAAUGAAUUAUUUUAUUACACAAAACGCUCUAUUAUCGAUCGAGUUAAAUGCUCAUUAUCUUAUAUAUUUAUAUUUAUCCAUUGAACAAAAGCUAAUACCUGAAUCAACAGCAGAUUCUGUUCAUUUAUUUUCAUCCCAAUCGUGUGAAAAUGUUUUCCGAGAUGCAAGAGCGCUGUCUGGAAUCUAUUCAACACGAAUUAAUUUUACAAUGAAACAAUUUCUCAAACGAAUAAAUAAACUCAAUAGUUUAACUGAAUUAAAACAAUAUGAACUUACCAAUAACGAAGAAAAGAUAAAUUUUCCUGUACACCAUAAAAACAAACGAUUCCAUAAUGACACACGAAGAAAUGUUGCCGAUUCGAACGUCGAUUUCGUAUCUGCUAAUGUUCAAGCAAUUGUUCAUCGUGCCUAUGAAUCUGCACAACAAAUGACAAUCUUUGUAGGAAUGAGCAAAGAUUUAAUCAAACACAACGUUUUCAACAUUGAACAAUCAUCAGAAUUGGCAAAGAAAUUAUUAAAAUUGAAGAAUGGCUAUCAUUUGCCCUGA